GAACGUUGUCGUCAGAGUGAGGAACCAUGUCCUCAGUUGGAGGAAUCUUCUCCUCAGAAGGACGAACCUUGUCCUCAGUGUCAGCAGCUUUGUCCUCAGUGUGAGGAACCUUGUCCGCAAAGUGAGGAACCUUGUCCUCAGAGUGAGGAACUUUGUCGUCAGAGUGAAGAACCUUGUCCUCAGUGUGAGAGCCUUGUCCUCAGAAUGAGGAACCUUGUCCUCAGAGUGAAAAACCUUGUCCUCAGGGUGAGGAACCUUGUCCUCAUACUGAAGAACCAUGUCCUCAGUGUGAGGAACCUUGUCUUCAGAGUGAAAAACCUUGUCCUCAGAGUGAAGAACCUUGUCCUCAAAGUGAGCAACCUUGACGACAGUGUGAAGAACCUUGUCCUCAGAAUGAAGAACCUUGUCCUCACAUUGAAGAACCUUGUCCUCAAGUGA